AUGGCGGCGACACAAGCCUCCCCCAACGACCGGCCUUCGUCCCAGGACAAGGUCGCCGUCAACCAGAUGGAGCACGUCUUCACCACCGACGACCCUGCCCUCAUGAAGCAGCCCGUCAUCGAGAAGGUGGACGAGUUCGGAGCCCACACCAAGACGGACCCCAAGGAGAUUGCGCUGGUGAAGAAGAUUGACUGGUACAUUCUGCCCAUGCUCUGGUCCAUGUACUUCCUCAACUUCCUCGACCGCAACGCCAUGAUUAACGGAAAGCUCGACGGCCUCGCCAAAGACCUCAACCUGAAGGGCACCCAGUACAACACCUGCGUCUCCAUCCUCUUCGUCGGAUAUCUUUGCGGCCAGGUGCCCUCCAACAUGAUCCUGAACAGAGUCCGCCCUUCCUGGUACAUGGCCGGUUUCAUGCUGGCCUGGUCCAUCGUUAGUCUCCUGACGUACAAGUGCCACGACUACGGUACCAUGCUUGCGUGCCGCUUCCUCCUCGGCAUCACUGAGGCUCCCUUCUACCCCGGCGCUCUCUACAUGCUCAGCAUGUUCUACACGCGCAAGGAGAUCUCGGUCCGUAUGGCCAUCUUCUACACCGGAAACAUGGCCGCCAGCGCCUUCUCCGGUCUCAUCGCGGCCCCCAUCUUCGCCGGCAUGGGCGGUCUCAGGGGUCUCUCCGGAUGGCAAUGGCUCUUCAUCAUCCAGGGCGCCGUCUCCAUCCUCGUCGCCUUCGUCGCCUUCUUCCUCCUGCCCGACAGCCCGCUCAAGACGCGCUGGCUGACCGAGGAGGAGCGCCAGCUCGCCCACACGCGCAUCUACAACGACACCACCGACCGCCGCGAGGGCACCAGCGUCUGGAAGGGCCUCGGCGAGGCCGCCUGCGACUGGCGCACCUGGGUCUUCUGUCUCAUGGACAACCUCCACCUGUCGGCCAACGGCUUCAAGAACUUCUUGCCCUCCGUCGUCGAGACGCUCAACUACAACACCACCAUCACCCUCGUCCUGACCUGCCCGCCCUACGUCUUCUCCGCCUUCUUCAGCGUGCUCGUGCCCUGGUCGUCCGGCCGCUUCAACGAGCGCACCUGGCACAUCACCAUCAGCAAGCUCGUCGUCUGCCUCGGCUUCGUCAUGGCCGUCUCGUCGCUCAACAUGGGCGUCCGCUACACUGGCAUCAUGAUCUUUGUCGGCGCAACCUACGGCGUCAACAACCUCAUCCUCGGCUGGACCUCCUCCGUCCUCGGCCAGACCGACGAGAAGAAGGCCGUCGCCAUCGCCAUGGCCAACACGCUCGGAAACGCCGCCAGCAUCUACACCCCCUACCUGUGGCCCGACGCCGACCAGCCCCGCUACCUGAAGGCCAUGCUGGCGAGCAUCGGCUUCUCCCUCGGCGUCAUCGUCUGCGCCUGGUUCAUGAGGUUUGCCCUGAUGCGCACCAACCGCAAGAAGAGGGAGGCCGACCCCAGCGCGACCAACUUCUACGUCUACUAA